AUGGCUGAAAAGAAUUAUGAGACUAGCCAUAAAACUGGAAAUGUUUCUGGCCAGGCAGUGGCUGCCGAAAAUGUCACAGUGGUUGAAGGUGGCACAGCAGAGAUCAACUGCAAGCUGCAGAAUUAUGAUGGGUCAAUAGUGGUCAUUCAGAACCCUGCAAGACAGACACUCUUCUUCAAUGGAACAAGAGCCCUAAAGGAUGAACGGUUUCAGCUUGUGGCUUUUACAAGGAAAGUAGUGAAGAUCAUGCUGUCGGAUGUGAAACUGGAGGAUGAAGGAGGCUAUUUCUGUCAGCUGUACACAGAUGAUACACACCAUCAGAUUGCUAUCCUGACUGUGCUAGUGCCUCCUGCUAAUCUUUCUGUAGCGGUUAAACAACAGCCUGUAGAAGGGCAGGAUGUGGAACUAACCUGUAGUGUGGAUCGGACAAAACCUGCUGCUACCAUCCAUUGGUUCAAAGACAGGAAAGAAAUCAAAGGUGCUGUUAGUCGCCAGCAAAAUGACAAGACAUUUAGUGUUGCCAACACAAUCCGCAUUCAUGUGGAGCGACAAAAUGAUGGGGAGACAAUCACGUGUGAGGCCUCUCAUCCGGCAUUAAACCGACAGAAGAAACAGCUUCACCACAUACUUGAUGUGCAGUAUUCUCCAACAGUGAAGCUACAACACCCACCAGGAGUCCUGAGGGAAGGCGAUAACUUAGGGCUGAAAUGCACAGUGAAAGGAAAUCCACAGCCCACUUCUGUUACCUGGAGUCGACUGAAUGACACGCUGCCAGCUCACUCUGACAUCCAAGGUGAUGUGCUUACAAUCCCUGCUCUCAGCAUGCUGGACAACGGCACAUACAUCUGUGAGGCAUCCAAUAUUCAUGGACGUGCUUCUGACCAGUACAUCCUUGUUGUCUAUGAGAGUCUAAUCAGCUUUGUGGAAGUUCAAGAUCCUGGAGCAAUUGUUGAAGCUCAUACUUCCACUCCAUAUGCUAUCAUAGGAGGGAUCCUUGCUGUCCUGGUAUUUGCUCUCAUCUGUGUUCUCAUAGUUAUGGUGUGGUGCUCAGUUAGACAAAAAGGAUCAUACCUGACACAUGAAGCCAGCGGACUGGAUGAGCAUGGAGAAGCAAGAGAGGCAUUCCUUAAUGGCAACGAGACUCACAAGAGAAAAGAGGAGUUUUUUAUUUAAAUCGCCGAAACCAUCCAAUGAGUGGCCUGUGGGGCAGUCAAGUAGCUGACAUCAGUGGGAUGUUUUAUGAUGGCAACAACUAGCUUCUUUCCGUUGGCUUUAUUUAACAAACUGGCUCAGGAUGGACAAGAGGAGCACCUAUACCCUACACAGGAGUGGUGUAGCCUUCACAACAACAAGGACAUUACUUUCUUAUUUUAGACAACAUAGCUCUGGCUAGUGUGGGGUUUAAUGAUAAGGAAAAACAUCAACUUGCCACACAUUUGUUUUAUAUAUAUAUGUAUCUAUAUAUUUGUUUUUUUUUUUUUAAUUUAAAGAUACUGUCCUUUUUCUAGAACUGCUGUAGACCACCCUCUAAAAGCCAGAUUAAAGUCUUACAUUGUAGAUAUUUAAAUUAAGUAACACCAUGCACUCUGUCAUUGACAAGUAAUAUAUGUGUGUCUUAAGGUAGAUUUCUGGUUUCUUGCCAAGACCUGACAAUGGAAUUAUUUUAAUACUUAGAAGAAAGGGAACAAUGUUAAUUCCAAAUGUAUCUAUAAUGCUGGUACUGGAUUCCAGCUUGGUUUUCUCAGAAUGGAAUCUAGUUGACAAAUGUAAUUGUUUAGCAGUAAGCUGAACCAGGGUGUGCAUUAAUGUGAGAUAACUGCACAUUAAAAAGUGAGGCACAGAUAAAUAUGUGUACCUAAAAAGUGCCUUUAUAACAUAGUUAUGCACACCCUGGAGUGCCUUACUGCAGUUAUAAAAUAAUACAUUUCAUUUGUGUUUAAGAACUUAGUAACGAGAUUCAGAAAGUUGUGUUUCUAACAUGUUCUGUUGUCCUGAUCAUGUCCUCAUAUCUGACCAAUCCGAUUCCUUGUUUCUCAUUUCCAUCAGUCUUUUCCAAACAUGUUUAUGAAUCAGUGUUACAUGUAUAUUCUCAAGCUCCAUUGCACAAUUUUAUUUACAUUACAUCUGAAAAGAUUUAUGGAGGAAAAAAUGGGUGUUUGAAGGUCUCUUUAUAAAGAUUAAGAUACAUUUAGGCAUUCAAGGUCAGUCAAAUUUCUGAAGAUUUAUUGUAGAUGAACUAGCAUAAAACCGACAGCAUCCAAGACAGAAGGGAUUCGCAUUAAAAAAAAAAAAACUGGAGGUAAAUGAUUAAGUGGAAUACAAGUGUUUCAUGUUGUUGGGGGCAUAAAAUACUGCACGUCAACUGCUUAUGAGGCAUAAGUCAUUCUUUGAGUAAUUUAAAGAAGAAUGUGCAUGAAGCUAGGGAAAACACAGACUACAAAUUCAGAUGACAUUACUAAAUGUGUAGAGUAUGCAUGCCAAAUGAACUCAUGGCAGAUAUACAGAAUGAGAUGUAGGAGCACACAGACAAUGUGCAGAGUAGUUUUUAAUCUGUAUCAGGGUGAUCAGUUUUCUUGUAUUUUGACAAAAAAGGAGAAAGUAUUUCAUUACUUCACUUCACAGAUUGCAUUCAUUUCAAGUCAGUGUGCUAUAUAGUUACUAUCAUCAGGAGUUAAAGGGAACGUGCCGUUAUUCAUCUGAAUGAUGAAAUGGCUGGGCAGAUUAUUUAAACAACAGCCAAGCAAUGACAUCUGAAGUGCCAAAUCUUGAAAUGUAAACAUAUUAAUUUUGUGAGUGUGUGUAAUCCAUUAGCAAGAGCUACAGACCUGGCUCACCCAUAUCUCUCAGUUGGCUGUGAUUUUGCCUCCAAGGUUUGCCCUAACCCCAGCAAAAUUUUAAUUUUGUGGCAUUUGCGAUUAUCUCAACUGCUUAAUAAUACCAAACAUUACAGUAUGAUACUUUCUAAUCUUCAGAAACUGCAAACUAAUACCAUUCCUCUUGUUCCAUCUAUUUCCAAAGUCACUAUUACUAAUAUUUAAAAUAUUUCCCUGAUUUUGAGACCUUUUAUCUUCAUUAUUUUCAGGAAUGUCCUUGAUUCACAAGGUGGCAGGUUGAGAGCUAUGGGCCUGCCUGUCUUUUAUUAACAUAAAUUAGCCAAGCAUCCAGACAGUCUUAUUGGCUGGCACUGCAGUGUCAAUAUUUACUGCUGUUUGUUUCGAAUGCUUCUAUGGACAGAGAUAGGAUCCAUUAUAGCCAUGGAAACUGAGGCACUCAUUUUCAUGAUAUUAAUUUCUCCCGUAACUCAUGGCAGUGGAAGGUGAGCACGAGCACAUAAUAAUAAAUAUAUAUAUAUAUAUAUAUAUAUAUAUAUAUAGGAUCAGCUGAAAUCACAGUCCAUAUAAUUCAGGGAAAAUGAGUGCCGUAUUAAUUUAUUUAAUGCAACUUGUGCCAAAUAAUUUAGCCAUCAGUAACUUUUCCCAUAAUGCACUAUGAGCAGUAUUGGCAGUCAUUAUGUCUCAUCUUUAGUGCUAGUUAACAUUAUAAUACCAGAGGGGGUUACCAGCCAUGCUUACAUAUACUGUCUUCUCAAUCCAUUGAUAGUCAUAAAUAUAUUAUUAGUUAUAAAAUGUGUACCUAUGAUGCAAGAGAGGCAGGUAUGCUGUAACUUCACCAUGUCAAUUUUUUUUACAUUGUUACUUCACCAAGGCAUUUUUUUUAUAUCUUUCAAUACAUGAAAAAUAAGAAAAUAAAGCAGAUUCACCUCUGAUCAAACACAAGUUUGGUGGGUAUUGAGUCCACUGCAGAAAAUAGUAGCCAUAUGGUACACUUGUACCUAAUAAUCAAAAUUUUCAUGUUCACAUGGUAAACAUAAUUUAUUUCUAGAGUGUGAAAGUUGUCUUGCAACUGAGAUGAAUCUUAAAUUUAUGCAAAACCUCAUACUACUUUCUAUAUCAAUCAUUUUAAAGGCCAUGAGGUGAAGUGAUGCCAAACAUGUGAUCAUAUUUUUUUGGUUUGAUACUUUGAUACUGGAGGAGUGGACCUUGUAAAGGAGUUGCACAGUAUCACCUAUGGAUAUAUUUAUUAUGGAAAGUGCGAACAUAUAGUCUGCUGUUGUCUUUACAAAAGCUAUCAGUGUUUUUUCCUAUGAGAUGAUGUAUGCAAAUACUAUAAUAAAUAGUAGAUAGGGGGUAAGUGAUGGUAUCUGAACAAUGAAAGUUGUCUCUACUCUUUGUAGAACAUGUCUGAUCUAGCUGUAAAGUCUCAUUAUAGGAAUAAAAUCAUAUAGAAAAUGACUGCUUGAGACAAGUCUGCCAAGAAAUAAUAUAUACUACAAGACUGAGCAUUGUCUCAGCAAAUGGUAUUUCAAAUUUCGACUUGUAAAAGUAAGAAUGCCAUCUUACUAGUAGCUAUCAAUGAUUAAAAACACAGCCAAUUUGUUAAUCUGUACUUUUGUUUGCUGCUUUCAUAAAAGUGUUUAUUUGUACAAGUCAAAACACAUAUCCCAUACAUACAUUUCUGAUUACAUAUUUUUAUAAUCUGUAAAGCAGUGUUGCUAUACAUUUUCUACUACAUCAAUAAAAGUAGUUUUACUGUUUCACAUACGUGGAUAGCAUGAUGUAACAGCUUGAUCCAAACUCUAUAACAAUAAAAUCUGUAGUACAAUAACAAA